AUGGCUUCAUCAAAUACACCAUCAGAAACACCAACACCAACUUCUCAGGAACAAGGAUCAACUCCUGAUCCAACAAUUGGAACCCAAAAAAAUAGUAACAGAGGAAAAACUGAUCCUGCAUGGGGCCAUUGUAAACAAGUUUUGGAUAAAGGAAAAACUGCUCUGGUAUGUAUUUAUUGCGAGAAGCAUAUUAGGGGUGGAGGAAUUAAUCGGGUUAAGCAUCAUUUGGCUGGAAAAGGUAGAGAUAUUGAGGCAUGUCGAAAGGUGCCAGCUGCGGUGAGACACCAAUUCUCCCAAAACAUUGAAGAUCUUCGAACCAAGAAAAGAAAAACUCAAGAAGAAUAUGCAGAAAGUUAUGGUGCUUGUGAUGACGAAUUUGAUGAGAUUGAACGUAAUGAGAUGCGACAACAACAAGCAUCAAGAAUUCCAGCACCUAGCUCUAGAAAGGGAGUUGGAAAACAACUCAAGGGACUACAAUCCUUUUUUCCACCGGCAGCAACACCUGGUGCUCAACCAAGUAUUAAAAUUGUUCUCCAAAGCAAAGAAAUUGUGGAGAAGUGUGAUAUUGCUAUUGCAAGAUGGAUGAUGGAUGCCUCUGUGCCAUUCAAUGCGGUUAAUUCAGCUUAUUAUCAGCCGAUGAUCGAUGCUAUCGCAAAUAUGGGUGCAGGGUAUAAAGGGCCAAAUUACCAAAGAGUUCAUGGAUAUUUGUUGAGUAAAUUGGUUGAAGAUGUAAAGAAGAUGAUUGAAGGUUAUCGUGUGAUUUGGAAACAAACUGGAUGUACUAUCAUGGCUGAUGGAUGGACUGAUCGUUGUAGGCGUACUUUAAUUAAUUUCUUGGUUUAUUGUCCUAAAGGAACUGUUUUCCUAAAGUCAGUUGAUGCUUCUCAUAUCUCGAAAACUGCUGAGGCUUUGUUUAAGUUGCUUAGGGAUGUUGUGUUAUUUGUUGGUCCUGAGAAUGUUGUACAUGUAGUGACGGAUAAUGCUGCAAAUUACGUUGCUGCUGGAAGGUUGUUGGAAUCAGAGUUUCCUAGAUUGUAUUGGUCUCCUUGUGCGGCACAUUGUAUUAAUCUGAUGUUGUAG